CUGGCAAUAACAUAGGAUUGUAGAGAAUAGAAUAGUCUUUUAGUGAAAUCUCUGAAGGUCUCUGAUGUGCAAAGUAUGUGCAAGCAUAUGCAAAAAAGUGUAGUCAACUUAAUGCUGUGUGCCAGUUUAUUAUUUGAUCUUGACAUUGGAUUUAGCUGGAAUGAACCUCCAGAGGUCAUUAGUUCAACUCCCUGCUUUAAGCAGUGCUGUCAUCAAAGUUAGAGCAGGUUGCUCCAGACAUUGUCUGGUUGAGCUUUUUCUUGAAGGCUGUAAAAUGGAUUUGAAAGUUGGGUCUGAAUUUAGCUAAAUUUGGAGCUAAGUGCCCAAAACGUGGGAAAGUUGUAGAGUUUUAGUCAGUCUUAGUGAAGCAUAUUCUUCCUUAAUUAACUGGAAGUUGUGUUUCCUUUCCAUUUGUGGUGUCAUGAUUCUGAUUCUCCAAUUGUGCAACAGUCUCCAAUGUGCAUAAUGUAGAGAUUUUUGGAAGAUAAAAACCAGAAUACUGCCCCACAGCACACAGAUUUUCUCUUAGUAGAUACAAAACUGAAAUAUUUUUAAAAUAACUUUUCUCUGUAUAUUAUCAAAAUCAACAAGGCUGAUAAACCACUUUAAAUUUGAAAGGGUCUUUAUAUUUUACCUGCAUCAGUACUGAGUCCUGCAUUCAUAGAGGUGCAGUGUAAUCAGCUUUAUUUCUAUGUCCUUAACAGCAUGAAGCUGUGUUAAACCCAGCUCUUGUGCCUUCUUUGUCAACUAAAUGAAUUAAAUCAGACACUGAUGGCCCUGCUGAAGCUGUAAAUAAAAGCACAACCUCAGCAGAUACAGUUCUCAGUGUCCUAAGAACUCUAGGGAAAAUCUUGUCAGGACCCACAUCAAAACUCCACAAAAAGAGGCACCUUCAGAGCAAAGAUGAACGUCGGGAAAACUUACAGUACCUUUAACAUCAGCAAUGGAACAGAUCUAGCUAUUGGCUUUACAUCUUCCACAGUAGCUGUCCUUCUGUUUGGGACAAACUUUGUGCCUGUUAAGAAAUUUGAUACUGGUGAUGGCAUGUUCUUCCAGUGGAUUCUCUGUGCCUCUAUAUGGAUAGUUUCUUUGGUGGUCAAUUUAAUCCAGAAUUGCCCCCGGUUUUGGCCUCUUGCUAUGGUUGGGGGUUUUGUGUGGGCUACAGGCAAUGUUACAGUUGUCCCUAUUGUUAAAACUAUUGGCUUAGCUCUUGGUCUUUUGAUAUGGGCUUCUUUUAAUUUGCUGACAGGUUGGGCAAGUUCAAGGUUUGGUUGGUUUGGAAUUGACCCAGAAGAGGUAUCAAGACCAAUCUUAAAUUAUAUUGGAGCUGGACUUUCACUAUUAAGUGCUGUCAUAUUUCUUUUUAUAAAAACUGAAGUCCAGAGUUCUUCAGCUUCAUUAGAAAGAACACCUUUGCUGAGAGAAAGUUCUAUUAAUGUUUCUGAAGAUACCUCUGAUGACUCGUGGGUGAACAGACUUUCUCCAGCAAAGAAGAGGCUCGUAGGAUGUACCCUGGCUGUAGUAGCUGGAAUACUUUAUGGUUCCAGUUUUGUACCGGUACUUUACAUCAAGGACCAUGGAAGAAGAAAUGAAACUAUAUACACAGGAGCAAGUCAAUUUGAUUUAGAUUAUGUUUUUGCACACUUCAGUGGUAUAUUUCUGACAAGUACCAUCUAUUUUUUGAUCUACUGUACAAUCAGGAAAAAUAAACCUAAUGUUUAUCCCCAAGCCAUAUUGCCAGGGUUUGUUUCUGGUGUGCUUUGGGCAAUAGCCAAUUGCUGCUGGUUCAUAGCCAAUCACUAUCUCAGUGCUGUGGUCAGCUUUCCAAUAAUUACUGCAGGUCCUGGCCUUGUUGCUGCAAUGUGGGGAGUCCUUGUAUUUAAAGAAAUCAAGGGACUGAAAAACUAUGUGUUACUCUCAGUAGCAUUUUGUGUCAUUUUGACAGGAUCACUCUCCACAGCUUUUUCUAAAGUUUGAAAGGAUCUUCUGGACCAGUAGAUGGUGCUACUGUUUAAUAUAAUCAGAAAGACAAUAUUGGUAUAUUGCAAUACAUAAUAAUUUUCAAAAUGUAUGUCCAACAUUUACCCUAACUUGCUUCAGGCAAGUGAAAAAGAAAACCAUUGCUCAAUGUUCCCAUUUAGCAUGAAAGAAUAUCUGGAAAUGUUUUUUUCUACAUUUCUUGGAACAGUAAGUAUAUCAAAGGAUUUUAUUUAAUAAAGCUAAAUGAUUUUAUAGUUACUAAUUAUGUUUCUUCUGGCUCAAGUACUAAACAUGUCAUCAUAAAUUGUCAUUUAUUGUUGUGAUGGUGGAUAAAGGGAUUUUAAUUCUUUGUAAUACUGUAUGCGUUUGCCAGCUGAUUUGUUUUAUUAUAAUGUUCUAUCUUCAAUAUAAAAUAUGUCUUGGAAUAUUCGUCAUGAAACUGAUACACAUGAAGAUGUGAAAGUCAUUAAUUCACUUUAAAACCUCUUACAAUUGCUUCAGAAGUUUUAAGGAAAUAUAGAGAAAAAAAAAGGUGCUUUAAAAUAAAUUACUUGUGUUUGCUGCUAAACUGUUCCUUUAGUUGCAGGAACAUUAUAUACAAAUCAGGACCAUGAUACAAAUAGUUGGGGAAGUUUGGGGUUUUUUAUUUUGGUUGCAAGUAACAUUACAUUUUUGUGUUGCAAUAUGAGCUAAGUAUGUGGUUCAAAGUUGGUUUCCAAAUAACUUUGUACAUUUUCUGAAUACUUACUUUUCUAUGUAGUAUCUUCAAAUCUUAAUAUUGCCAUACAUAAUUUUUUAUUACAUUAAUGCGUCAUGUUAUUAUAAAACUACCCAUUCAUUUUCUACCUGAAGAGAGGUCGUUGUGGGAAUACAAUGGAAGAUUGGUGAGGAGGUUGGUAAACACACUGAAGUGACUUGCAGCUGAGGUGUCAAAAACCAUAUAUAUCAUACUAAUUGCUGUUUAGCUUUGUGUGCUUGGUAGAACAUUUUCUUUCAGGUAAUAUAGAUCUGUGAUAGACACACCUUAAUGAACAUCCCUGAGAUUCCUGUCCUACUGUGGGAAAGAUCAUACCACAGUGGAAAACUAUGCCUGCAGAAAUCCCUGGUAUAUACAGAUGAAAGCAGCAGGUUCAAGAUUUUUUCUUUCUUCUCCUUUUUCUGGCUAAGAAGGACCAAGCUCUGCAGUGCCUGCAUCCCUGCUUGUGUGCCUCUGCCCGGGUGCUGCUGCAGAGAUCCCCCAAGUUGUGAGGUAAUGAAAUAAAUGUACUCUUGCAUUUCAUCCAUGGUUUUGUGGUAGUUCCUGCCUGUGUCAGCUCACACUUUGGCGUUGUCAGCAGGAUCCAGGAACAGCCAUUGCCAUGGCUAAAAAAGAAGUCAGGGACUGGGAAGGCCAUGACAGUGUCUCCCUUAUUCUGAGAUGGUCUGGUACUGAGGACUGGACUCCUGUGGCUGCUUUUCUGGCUAAAUUGACUCUGCUGGAAGCAUGGCCUGAAACAGAUGAAAGGGCAGCCAUUACCCCUAAAACAAUUGCAAUGGCUAUAUGCAGAUCACUGUGGAAAGCAAGAUUCUUUUUGCAAGUUAGCAGGGCAGUUGUGAUGGUUAUUAGUUACUGGUCUUAGAGCUCUUGACCAUGAAGUUGUUGCAUUACAGAGUAAAAUGAGAGAAUGGGAAGAGGAGGUCAGGACUUAACAAGAUGCAAAGCGAUUGUACCAGAAGUAAUCACUAUUCAAGCAGAGCAAUGCUAUGAUCCAAAAGAUAUGUAGAGUGGUUGGUAGCAUGUGUCGCUACUAAGCGAAGGGACAAAUAUGGGAAAAGUAAAGUUUCAAUUUCCCAAGUCCAUGCUCUCACCUCAAAAUAGUCAUGGGAUCGUAAGGAAUGUGAUGGAAAUACUCAGAAUGAAUGCUCAGACUCCAAGACCAAGUUUGAAUUUGAUCCGGACUUAAAAGGCAGGAAGAUGGUGGAAGCAUGACCACUCAGACAAAUGAAGGGGCAGCAGGAGCAAGCAGAUGGGGGAAUGCAGCUUGCAUGUACUUACACUCCAAAAGAGUUGAAGGAAUUUUAAGAGAAUUAUCAACAACAGAGUGGGGAAGCAUACUGGCAUGCUUUUUGUGAGCUUGAGAUAGUGGAGCUGCAUCUCUUCAUUUAUUAGUGCAUGAAAAAGAUUUAUUAAGCCCUAUAGACAAUGCUGAUCAGAUAAAACAAAGAUAUGCUCUGUUGCAAAAUACCAGAGGUCCUGAUGGGUGAAAUAUUAUUGCACCUGUGCUAUGUCAUUAGUUGUGUGCAUCAAUGUUAACAGCAUAUACAGAAUCUACAGAAUUAAUGUUGUCCCUCAGGAACUGGGAUACAAUGGUAAAAGGUAUUAGUUUGAUGUGACAGAUAGGGAUGGCUCACGUUGGUUACGAAAUCUAAUCCAGACAGGGUAGCAGUAAUGAGAAAUAUCAAAAUGCAGUUUUUGAGAGUAGUGCCUGCCUCACUAAAACCCUUGAUUAUACCAGCUGUGACAAAUGCUAUGGGUAAUGUAGAUGCUCUAGCAGGUAUCUUGAGGGAAAUUGGGGCUGUAAUGUCGGGAACAUCUGUUUGGGUGGUGAAUAAAGGAAAGCCAGCAAAUAUGAAAGGAGCCACAGCACGGGUGAUAAGGAGAUAUGAGGAAUGAACUUGUACGAGAUGGUGCCCCACAAUCAGAAGUAGAUGGGAUCACGGCAUCAGAAAUGUUUCAUCAAUUGCAAAACUUAGCAUUUAUGCAAAAAAGCAGACCGCCUCUAUCCCCACCACCAACUCUGCACCCACCCUCUACUCCGCCUGCCACUCAAGGCAAGACACUACCUGGCAAAUGCCAAAAAAGUACAAAUUAAGGGUUGGCAGGUCCCCGAAAUUUGCUGCUAGUGCAGCCUCUUAUGGUGAGGGGAACGGACACCCUUGUGUUCAUCUGUCUAUACACUGAUGGUCUGGGGGGAUUUUACAUGUGUUAGCUUUGACAGAUUCCAGAGCUGAGGUUACUGUAUUACACAGUAAUAUUGGUAAUAAAGAAGCUGUAUCAU